AUUUCCUUCAAUGGGCCAUGCGGUCCAUUUCCUGCGGUGGCGGCGGCUUGUGUGUCCAAAGUCCAUCUACGGCACGGCGUCUCACAGCCUCACCCCAACUCGUCGCCUUCCUCGUCAUUCCCUUCGUCGCGGAGAGGAGGUCACGCGGCUGAUUCCCGCCGCUUGCGAUCGGUUCUGUCUCCCAGCUUCCCCUUGAGUACACCUCAUUUUGUGACACCGACUAGCUGAGCCCUGCUGAUUGCUCGCCUAGCACGCUGUUGCGCUGAUUCGUUGUCUUGUGAGCUGUUCUAGGGUUCGUAGGGAGCAGGAUCAGCUGACGCGAUGUUCCCCAGGAUUUCCCGGCUCGGGGCGCGGCUCCUGCGCGAGUCUAGAGCCGAGACAAGAGCUGGAAACUUGCUAAACAGUCAACGCAUUUUCUUUCAAGAUCAUGUUAACCGGCAUUCGAUCCCAGUGGUGACUCCUGCUGUAUUAUCGAUGCGGAAUGCCCUUUUGUCAACUGCAACAAGUGGUGAUCAGGAUGAAAGUAGUCAGGCAAAAGAUAAGAGCUGCUCCUUCCACAUCUAGAGGAAUAGAUGGCACUAAAUGCAUCAGUUUUACUGAAUUAAUCUCGGUAACAUUUGUCAACAAGGAUGGCUCAGAAAAGACAAUAUGUGUUCCAGUUGGAAUGUCCAUGUUAGAAGCUGCUCAUGAAAACGACAUAGAGCUUGAAGGAGCAUGUGAGGGCUCACUUGCGUGUUCUACUUGUCAUGUAAUAGUAAUGGAUGUAAAAUAUUAUAACAAGUUAGAAGAUCCAGCAGAUGAAGAAAACGAUAUGCUUGACCUUGCAUUUGGGCUCACAGAAACAUCACGCCUUGGCUGCCAAGUGAUCGCGAAGCCUGAGCUUGAUGGCAUGCGGCUGGCGCUACCUGUAGCCACAAGAAACUUCGCAGUAGAUGGCUAUGUACCGAAACCACACUGAAGAGACGGUCAUCUACCACACUGAAGAGACGGUCAUCUACCACACUGAAGAGACGGUCAUAUCGGGGAACACGGAUUCUUACAGCAGUCAAUUUUGUAGUUUAUAACCUGUAACUUAACUACAGCUUUGUUACUUGUAGUCCGGUCCGGGUGGCUUCGGACUACCUUGUUGAGGGUUUGUUCAUUUGAUGAAUCCCUUGGUUACUUGCAGAGAAGAGAGAACAGUGCUUCAUCUGGGCGAAUAAACAUCCGUUCUGUGUGCAAUGUGUACUCACAAACAUUUGUCGUAGCGUUCCCAAUA